UCUCACUGCCAUCCUCUUCACUUUUCCCUACUCCCAUUCAUCUUCUUUCCUUCCUUCAUCGCCCCUUUUGUCGUCAAUAAUUCCCCUGUCAGACCCUCGCAGUCUUUCAAAAUGAAUCCCCAUCAACAGAACAAGAUCGAUACCAGCUCGCUGAGCCCUGAUGAGCAACGCUUGCUGCGUCUCUAUGGCAAAAUGCCUAACAAGAAGGAUCUCCUGCAGAACAAACUGAAGGAACGGAAAUACUUCGAUUCAGGCGACUACGCCCUUAGCAAAGCCGGCAAGGCCUCGGACGUCGGUGUCACCAACAUCGGCUCCCAACACCCCGUUCCCGAGAACAUCCCCCACCUGACUGCCACCUCCCCCGGAGCCAACAACCCCGCCGGUACCGGCAAUGGAGGCAGCAUCAGCGCCCAAGGCGGACAGCAGAUCCCCGGCAGCAUCAGCGGCCAUCCGGGCUCCAUUGGCUUCCAGAGCCGCAGCCCCGUCAAGGAGGCCAGUUUCCUGCAACGGGGGACUAGCAUCGACGAGGCCGAUGGAAGCAACAUCGAUGCAGUCGCCUCCCAGGAUCCUGCCGAAGGCAGUGUGAGCCCACCCCCGACUCGGGGUGGUGUUCCCAUCCGUCAAUAAAUCAUUCGCCUUUAUCAUGAUCUCACCCUCCAUGUGAUUUCUCAUUGCUUCAUCUUCUUUCGUCUAUCAUUUAUUGGUUCCGU